AUGUCACGAGGCAACCGUGACAACUUCGACGCCCGGACGCUCGAAGAGCUGCCAAGUCAACCGGGCGGCUACCAAAGAGAUAUCUUUUCCCGAAUCUGCCUCAACAUGAUCAGAACCGGCUAUCACAAGUGGGGAUUUGUGAUCUACCGCUGCACAUACGACGAUGGCGAGCUUUGGAACCGCUAUCUGGCGCAGCUCAAGCAGUCCUGCCAUGAGGAGCUUGUCAAGGGCCGUCGAGCUGAGUUGCUGGAGAAGUACCUCGACUGGGUCAUCAUCGAAGACCGCGACAAAUUAUCAGACGUCAGACGCCUUUUUGAUGGCUGGGUCUCCGAACAGGAUCUUGUUAAGCCCCCGCCUCGUGUUAUUGAGCAGCCAGAUGUUACCAGACUUCCCGGCUUUCGCUUUUGUCUCUACGUUGACAGGCAGUGCCUCGAAACUGUGAUUCAGUUCCAAGAGGCAGACACUGGCGACCGGUUUUUCAGAAGUCGCCUACCACCCAUGGUCAUCACCGUCAUCGAUCGCUGCUGGACUUCGGACCGCACUCAGGGCAAUGUCACUAUGAACGAUGGUGGCUACCCCGCCAUUGACGGUUGCGAUCGCAAGUACGUUGGAUGGGAAUACUUCAACACAGUAUUCGUCGCAUCAGUGUACAACGACCUGCAUGGAGAGCUGGAUGACUAUGAAUCUUAUCAGCGGCCGCCAGCCAUCUACCCUCUCGGCAAGAAGUCGAUGCCCAGUUGA